AUGGCUUCCAUCUCUGCUGUAAAUUCACCUAAUAUUCCUUCAUUCCACAGAAAACCCAUGUCGAAAAACCUAAUUUUACGCCGAUUUGUGUCGUCUUUCCGUUCGUGCCGAGCCCGUACGUUGGUAAUGACGAAUGCGGACGGUGGUGGGCCGAUAUCGAACGGUGGCGCGGAUAUGUUGGGAGAGCCCGUGGCCUCGGCUCCCGGCAACAAUGAGGAUCUGGACGAUGAGAUGAAGGGUGGAGAUUGUGACACGUGGGCUGAUUGGGAGGACCGGAUUUUGCAGGAGACUGCCCCCGUCGUUGGCUUUGUUAGAAUGAUUCUUCACUCUGGAAAAUAUGGAAGUGGUGAUAAAUUGAGUCCUGAGCAUGAGAAAACCAUACUGGAGAAGCUACUUCCGUUUCAUCCGAAGUGUGAAGAGAAGAUUGGAUGUGGAGUUGAUUACAUCACGAAAAACCGUUCACGCACGUCUCUACCAAAGAAUCGCUCAGUCCGCAACAAAUUUGCCGACUUUGACGGUCGGAAAAGUUGCUGUGCAAAAACACGCCCGUCUCCUUCGCCGGACCAGAGUCACUCCUGCAAGAGUCAUCUUCACCCUCUCGCAAGCCUCCUUCAGCCAUGUCGAGCCAAAAUCCGUCAACGACGUGAUUCGUUCAUGUCCGUCGCCACUCUCACUCAGCCCUUUGCGCAAGAGGCAACCAGUCAUGGUGAGUUCAUCCAUCUCCAGCAGCCCGCACAUAAGUUCGGCCACCAACUAGCGUCCGGCACCGAUCCGUUCAAGCCGUCUCGGCCCAGCACGCUCGUUCCAGCCCGCUCAGUCCAGCGUAAUAUUCACGCACAAUCAACGUUGGAAGUCCACUUCAACUUGGCCGCGUCACACGAAAAAUCUCGCCCAAUUGUUAAUGCCAAAAAUUUUGCCACAAAUGCGUCAGUCAUCUUCUCCGGCCUUCCUGCAACUUCCGGUCGUCUUCUCCGGCCAGCACGUCAUCUUCUUCGUCUCUUCCGGUCAGCAACAACAUCUACCCUUAGAACACCCAUGUCCAUCCGGCACUUGGGAGCUCAGCCACGAACAGACGUGCACAGCUUUCUAGCCGAAGCUUGGCCGAGCUCAGUCGAGCAUUGCACCUCCUUCUCCAGCCGUCUCUAA